UUGUCAGCUUUUUGCACUUAUCAAAAAAUCUAUAAAAGUAUGCAGUCAUCCACAGCUUUUGUCUAUAAAUCGUAAAAUAAAAAUGCAGAGCACAUCGAAAUAUAUAUGCGCAACAAUUUUAAUUGCUGCAAUUGUUGCUAUUGCAAACGCCAAUAGUUCCAGGACAUGCUACUCUUGUAGUGGCGCUGAUUGUGGACGUACUACAAAGUCAGUCACUGUACAGUGCUUUGAUAGUUUGGAUUACUGUGUGACAAUUUUCGACAAAUUUAAUGUUGUACAAAAAGGUUGUUCAAUAAAUCUUCCAAUUGAAUUGCGACAACGUUGUGAUGCAAACACUGCCGAAUGUCAUAAAUGUAAUACGGAUCGUUGCAAUAAUUUGGGACAAGCGAACUUUAUGUGCUUGGAGUGCGAUUCAGAAAAAAAUGCUGACUGUGCUAAUAACCCAACUGCAAUCGCAGCGACGCGUUGUUCUGCACCAACUGCUCCCAACUCAUAUUGCUACGUGAAGAGCGCUAACAAUGUUGUCAGUCGCGGUUGUGCAACAAAUAUUGCUGAUCAAGAAAGUUGCUUAAAGGAUGCAAAUUGUAUGCUUUGCUUAGCUGGCGAUAUAACUAACUGCAAUAGCGUUAACAUCGGUGAUAUGUCAGCCGCUCAAAGGACCUUAGCUCUGAAUUCAAAAUUUUUAUUUAAUCUUCAGGGAAAAAAGUAGAGCUCAAUAAAAGUGAAAAUUGUAUUUGUUAAA